AUGUCUUCUCCCGACACCAAACAGAACGAUUCCGGUCGCAUCCGAUCCAGUCGAGCAUGCCUUCAUUGUUCUCGUCGCAAGGUCAAAUGUGAUGGUCUGCAGCCCUGUAACAAUUGCACAAAGGAAUCCGUCCUUUGCGAGUACGGCGCUCAGAAGAAGCGAGGCCCCCCAAAGGGAUGCGAUCCUCGAGGUGGCCGUAAGAAAAAGCUUCAAGAGCCACCUGCGACCACACUCGCCAAACGCAAAGCGCCGUCAUCGUCCAAGAAGGACCCCCCACCGAGUAACACCAACGAGGUUCCCAUAGCCGCAACCCCUAUUCGCAAGCCAUCGACAACCAACAAGAGCGCAGCUUCCUCCUCAUCUUCAUCACAGCCCUCUCAGUCGGAUCAUGAAUCAAGCCGCUCCGAUCCACUAAAGCGAGAUCUGCAAGCUAGCCAAAGAGGUGUAGCGUCGACGUCGCAACCUCCUAUCGCUUCCCUCACCGCCAGACCUUCCUCUGAUGCCCGCAGCUCUCCAAACGAGAGACCAACAGCACCAUGCCAUCUUUCCUCCUCUUCGCAAGCCCACCACGACCCUCACCGAGCAUGGUCCAGACCUUCCGCGCCACAGCCCAGCCGCUCCAGUCCGUCUCUUUCGAGGCAUUCUUCUUACCUCGCUGACAUCACAACCGCAGCGACCACCUUAUCGAGCCAUUCUUUCCCUGCCGCAGAUCAUGCUCCUCAGCAUGCCUCUGCAGAUCACAAGCAGCCCUAUCCGCAUGCGCCACCACCUUUACAUCAUCACGACAGCUAUCACCCCUCCAGCCAUUCGUGCGGUGCCGGCCCCUCGUCCUCUGUUGAACCUGCCCUUCCUUUGCAACCAGCCUCCUCGGGACAGCUCUACGAUCCUUAUCCGCUUCAGGCGCCUAUGCGCAACUUUCACCGAUCUUCGCCUCUGGCCUCUCAUCCUUCCAUGCUCCCGCCUCAUGCUUUUGCGUCCGCAACGUCAUCCAACCUGCCAUCCCAUCCUCCACAGGAUGCAGCUCGACACACGCCAGCAGACCGUGCAGAUGUUUCUACUUGGUCUUCUGGCCGCUCCAACACGGCCACCACAUUCGCUUCGCCGCGCUCUCAUGCAACUCGUAGCUUAUACGAAUGCCCCGUCGGCCACUAUCAGUCCGGCACAUCUCCGUUCGAUCGCGCAUCAGCAAUGCCGUCAGCUUCGACUUUGUCGAGUCGCCAUCCUGUCUCGGCAAGUAGGUUGACCGAGCCAUCCAGUGGCAACACUACUCAGCCAGGUCCCGCAAAUGCUGCUUCGUCCUCGUCGCACAACACAGGCCUCAGUACCUCGCCUGCCCUUACUGGCCAUUCACACGCCUAUAGUCCAUCCUCCACUGCAAUGCCACAUCGACCGUGGUACAACGGCUCGCAACCAUCCUCACCGCGAGAUCCAAACUCAAUCUCACGGUCUCAGAUCUCAUCUCCUGGCGCCAACUGGCUUGAUCACCACAUUCGCCCCGCUUCGGCAGCCGCUAACCAUCCUCACGUCUCUUCUCGAGUUCAUCUUGAGGAUCGGCUGCCACCACAUAUUUUGCAACGACUACUCGACAUCUAUCGAGUAUUUGUGCAUCCGCACUGGCCUGUCAUCUACCUGCCCUCCGUCACUUCGCUCCAUUCGCUCAAGCGUUCACGUCCCAUCGUCUUUGAGGCCAUCCUUGCCGUAGCAUCCAACACCUUUGAUGCCUAUCUCGAUGCUGCUGCUGACGACGAUCGCCAGAGCUCCAACCCGGUCCUGGAGUUGCUCUAUGCAGAGUCGCCACAAGGCACUGAGCCCUCCUGGAAGUCAAACGAGCUCCGUGACCACUUUGUGCACCGAGUCAAGACCCGCAUCUUUGAGGGCAAGUUUACCCAGGAUGUCGGUACGAUCCAGGCCGCCAUUCUUAUCAGCGUCAUCGAGCUCGGGUGCGGCAACCCCUCAAGCGCGUUUCAAUUUGGUGGAAUCGCAUGUAGAAUGGCACUAGACAUGAACCUUCAUCGAUGCACCACCCAAUCCUCAUCUGCACCAGCAGGUAGCAGCAGCGGGUGCCAAAGUCACUACUCGUCCCCUCACAAUGGUGGAGACACGAACAACGCUAAGACAGGCCAGUACAGAUCCUCACAGCUGCAAGAACGACUGCGUACUUUCUGGGCAUGCUUCAUUCUCGAUAAGAUCCUCUCCACUGCUUUGGACAAGCCUGCCCAGCUUCGCAGUGCUGAGAUAGAAGCAGAUUGGCCAUCCGUUCAAGAAGCUGAUGAGUACGAUCUCUGGCUGAACGAGACAACGCGCAAGUUUGUCGAAAAGAGCCAACUGCCACGCCUCGAAGGUGUCAAGGUACAUGCGCUAAGCAGCUUCAAAGCUUGGGCCGAAGUCAUGGCUAUCCUCGAACGCAUCCUCGAACAAGUCUACAGUCCCCAAGCAAAGCGCGAUCGACGCCGUACCAAUGGCGCUUCCGACUACGAAGCGCUGCUGAGGCUCAACGACCGCCUCACCAAAUGGCGAGCUGACUUGCCUUCCCACCUCAAGUGGUCAGGCACCUGGACAUCACCAGAGCUCUUGUCAUCCACUUCAUCCCAGCAUAGCUCUGCUGAUCGCAAAGAAUCUGAGCCCCACCGCGGCCUGCCGCCACAGAUCCUCACCUUGCGCUCAUGGUACUGCAUCUGCCUAAUUCUUUUGCAUCGACCGCGUGUGCCAAAGUUGCUCGAGGGACCAAAAGAGCGUGGUGCAGCAUCUGCAGAAGAGUCUGCUCAAGUUGCCGCAAAGGACGCCGAAGAGCCAACAUCAUCAACGAAGAAAGGAAAGAAAGGUGCAGCCCAGCCAGCGAAGAAAGGCGCACAGGCUUCGGCGAAGGACAAGCGCCCUGAGCCAGCCGGACUCGACAUUUGCAACGCUGCUGCCAAAGAGGUUUGCGAUAUCUUGCAUGUCUAUGGCUCCUCCUUCCGCAUCCGCAAAAUUUCCAGCAGCUGGGUCUACCUCAUUUUCCAGAGUGCAACCAUCCACGCCGCCAUUGCAGCUAGCAAGAGCGUUGUGGCUUUCAAAGCGCGCCAGUCGUCGAUCUGGAGUCGAAGAGGCUCCAAGAUGCGUCUCAACGAGCCAGCAUCUUCUGCAGCAGACUCGCACAGCGGCAACGAUUUGGGAGCGCCAAUGGGUUGCGAAGACGACCCUGAAAUGCACGCAGGCGGCGGCGAUGAAGCUCAUCAUGUUACGGAGGCUGACCUGGAGGGCUCAUCAGAGCUCGUCAAGACCAGCGCGAGAUAUUUGGCCGAAUGUGUGCGGUAUCUCAAGCGUAUUGGACCAACAUGGAAGAGUGCCUCUAAUCACGUUGCUGUCCUUCGCAACUUAUGCAUUGCAAGUGCUCAGGCUAGGCCACACAGUCCAACAGUGCUAGAGUUGAACGGCAACGAUCAGCGAGCGGCAGGCUACAGUGGCAACAAUAGCAUGAUCAAGCGUGAGGAUCAGCAUGGCUCAGCCUCAGCUUCAGGCACGAAUCGUGCAGAUCUUAGCUCAUCCGGCGGUCUCGAUGUGUCGCACCACGGCUUGCAGCAUCAGAUCGGCCAAAACGGUCCUAUUGUGCCAAGUCAACAUGCAAACGGCGGCACCCAGCAACACAGCCAUCCUACCGCACAUCAUGAUCAGCAAAUCUUCCAAGGUCAUGACGGAAAGGCGCAGAGCCUAAACAUCGGUGAUGCCCCCGCCAUGGGUAUUGGAUCGACUGACCAUCUGCAAGCCCAUUUCCUCCAUCCUCCGGGCUACCCGCAUGAUCAGAUGCAGCCGCCUAAUCCCGGUCUUGCUGUUCAGCAACGCCACCCUCACCAGCAGCAGCAGCAGCACCACCACCACCAGCAUCACCCGCAAAUGCAGCAAGCGCUCUAUCCAAUCAAUGCAAACGACUCGGCAUUCUGGGCAUCCAUGCCUGUCGCUUCAGAAAGAUACAAUGAGUGGGACGAGUUCUUCAAGGCUUUCAAUCCGAGCUCAGCGAGCACAGACGUUGCAUCGCAGAAUGCGAACUACCAUCCGACAGCAGCAAUGGACUUGAUCACUGCAUUGCAGGAUCCGAACAGAUUGUUGAGUGGGUUGGGCCCGCAGCAGGGUCCUCAGCAGUAG